AUGGCAGCAAGACGCUAUAUCCUCCUGCUCGGCUCAAUCUUCAUCAUAAGCCUGACCUUCAACUUCCUCCUUCCAACAAGCCUGACGCCGCAGAAAGUGCCGAAGCUCUCGCUGCCAGACUUAAAGUCCGAGAUCAAACAGCACGCACCGAACCUCUUCAAGCCCGCAACACACAAGCCACCACCACCGUCGAAUUCUACCGCGUCCAGCGAGGGCUGGUUUUCUAGCUGGAAGUGGCUCAAUCCCUUUAGCAGUAAUAUUGCCAAGAACGAGGAGAGGAGCGCGCUACCGCCUUUGGAGAAGAGGUGUCCCGUUUACACCUUCUUCGAUGAUGGCGACGAGAGGGAGGAUGGGGUGCUGUUGGCGUGGAGGAGGGCCUUCUGGGCUCAGGGCUUUAAGCCCUUGGUGCUCGGGAGGGCGGAGGCGGAGGAGCAUGGGCUUUAUAGGGUCGUCAAGGGGAGGUUUGGCGAGGAGUUUGAGAGGGAGGUUAUGAGGUGGUUGGCCUGGGGGAGGGUUGGGACGGGAGGGGUUUUGGUGGAUUAUAGGGUAUGUAUGGCAUCAGUUGCUCCUGUGGGGGGAAUUGGGUUGGGAAUUAAUCUAAUCGCUCCCGGGAUAGAUCAUACCGAUGGCCCCCCGCGAUGACUACGGACUCACCGCUCUCCGUCGCUGUGACUUUGACGGCGUGACCAGGUACGAAGGCUGGGGAAACCGUCUGUUCGCCGGCGACAAGUCCUCAAUCGACAUCUUCCUGAAGCACAUUACCGACACCGCGACCGACAACACCGCAUCCAUCGAAGAAAUCUCCAAGACUGCCCCCGAAGGUCUAAUCCGUAUCGAACCCCUCCCCCGCUCCUUCGCUGACUACACCCCAUCCGCGGUAGCGGACCGCUGGCCAGACCUAAGCGCCGCCCAACUUCCCACACUCAUAAACUCGCACCUGCACGAGACCUUCCUGUCGACAUACAACACCAGCAUAAACAUCCUCUCCCCACUUCCCAUCGAACUCCAGCCGGCCUACGCGGCCAUAACGGCCCUGGCAACCCGCCUCUCCUUCUGUCCACCCGGGAACCCAAUCCCGGGCUCCUGCCCCUCCAACCGCCCCUGCACCUUUUGCAAGAGCCCCCCCGUGGCACCCAAACCCUUCAUCCCCCAGGACCCUUCCACUUUCCUCCUCGCUGCCGUGCCGCACCCCUACACCUACUACGCACUGAUGGACACGACCUUUAGCCUGUCGGAAAACACCCGACGCACCCUCCGCUACGUGCGCACCCAGAAUCGGAAUCGUGACGCAUGGCUGCACAAGGCCACCACGCCUCCGCUGAAAGAGGGCUUGGGCCCCGGCACCCGCGUCCUCGCCAUCAAGGAGAUGAUCGCCGCCCCUGCCAGGGCGAACUUCUCAAGUCUGUGGGUCUCGGCCGAGGCGCCCGUCCACGAAGAGGAGAUCCCGUGGAUAUUCGGUUUCACGCUCACCUCCGCGGAAGAUUUCAAGAUUGAGAAGCCGACCGGGGACGAGCGUAGGAAUGUUGUGUUCCGGAAGACGGUUGGCGAGGUGCUUGGUGGGAAGAUGGUCGGGGAGGAGAAAAUGGAGGAUAAUAAGGAGAUCGCUAGGAUUAGGUGGGCUGUUGAAGCGUGGAAUUUGGGAAGCGCUGAGGCGUGGAAGUUCACGGGUGCCUUUGUCGAGAGGAUGGUGCAGGAGAGGAAGGAGUGGAGUGCUAGUGAGAAGGAAUUUGGAAGGGGGUUAAGUGGGGAAGAGAAGAAUGGGGAGUAG